UGUUCUUCAACCGCGUAAAACCUCCCCAUUGUUCAUUUUAAGCAAAUUAUCACAUUAUUUUCCCACUUUUAAACAAUCCCACAAUCCGCCAGCCCAUCUUCAAUAAAGCUGAUCUGCAAGAUUCCGAUAUCCACACCAUAAAAACCCUUUCUUUUUUUCUUAAUUUCCAGCAAUUCCAGACUAGUCACACUUUGAUCUGACUCCACGAUGGCUUCCAACAACGAUCCGAAGCAGGGAUCUGGGUUUUUUGCUUCCUUUGCUUCUACAAUUUCAAGCUUCGGCACAGCCAUGACCAAAUCCGUUAAUGGUUUGCUUGGCUAUGAAGGAUUGCAAGUUAUAAAUCCUGAUGGAGGAACUGAGGAUGCUGAGGAUGAAGCUCAAAAAGGGAGAUGGAGGCAAGAGGAUCGGGAUAGUUACUGGAAAAUGAUGCAAAACUACAUCGGUUCUGAUGUCACAUCUAUGGUUACACUCCCAGUUCUCAUCUUUGAGCCCAUGACAAUGCUCCAGAAAAUGGCUGAGUUAAUGGAGUAUUCGUAUCUGUUGGAGUUGGCUGAUGAAUGCGACGAUCCCCACAUGAGAUUAGUAUAUGCUGCUUCUUGGUUCAUAUCUGUGUAUCCCGCCAUUCAGAGGACUUGGAAGCCAUUUAAUCCGAUUCUCGGAGAAACUUAUGAACUUGUGAACCAUGGUGGCAUUACUUUCAUCGCAGAGCAGGUUAGUCAUCAUCCUCCAAUGAGUGCAGGGCAUGCAGAAAACGAGCAUUUUGUGUAUGAUAUCACCUCAAAGUUGAAGACCAAAUUUUUAGGGAACUCAGUUGAUAUCUAUCCCGUUGGGAGGACAAGGCUUACCCUCAAGAAAUCCGGUGUGGUGUUAGAUUUGGUUCCACCACUUUCAAAGGCUAACAACAUCAUAUUCGGACGAACAUGGGUUGAUUCCCCCGGCGACAUGAUCUUGACAAAUCUCACAACAGGCGAGAAGGUGGUUCUCUAUUUCCAACCUUGUGGGUGGUUUGGAGCUGGACGCUAUGAAGUGGAUGGAUAUGUGUAUGACGCUGAGGAAGAACCUAAGUUCUUGAUGACGGGAAAGUGCAAUGAGUUCAUGAGCUAUCAGCCUUGCGACUCUGAGGGCGAGCCUACUCCUGGCACUGAGCUCAAAGAGGUGUGGAGGGCUGCUGAACUUCCCAAAAAUGAUAAAUUUCAAUACACUCAUUUCGCACACAAGUUGAACAGCUUUGACACUGCACCCAAGCCACUGCUCCCAUCCGAUUCUCGCCUGCGCCCGGAUCGGUUGGCGCUUGAGCAUAACGACCUUUCUAAAGCUGGUGCUGAAAAGGCUAGGCUGGAGGAGAGGCAACGGGCUGAGAAGCGGACAAGGGAGUCGAAGAAGGAAGAGUUCAAGCCCAAGUGGUUCGAGUUGACUGACGAGAAGGCUACGACACCUUGGGGUGAGUUGGAAGUUUAUCGGUACAACGGAAAGUACGACCAAUAUCGUGCUAGUGUGGAAAGUUCAGACAAGAGUUCACAGGAGUUUGAUCCAUGGCAAUAUCAUGAAGACUCUCAAACAUAAACAGCCUAUCAUUAUUUUCCAGAUUUUCAUAUAUGCUAAAUUGUUGGAAUUCUUAGUCCAUAUGCUUUUUUCAUGCAACUUUUACUGAUUUUUCGUAGACGAAAUGAUGUAUAUGGACAUGUCAAAAAUGUUCUUUUUUUCUGCUUUUGGUUUCUUUCUUUGUUUGAAUGUAUCAAGAAAUGAGUUUUAUGCACUGGUUAGAGAGUUUGUUUGGCUGUAA